AUGGCUAAGAAGCAUUCAAGUGCCAACCGCAAGAAUCGUCAAAAGAAGGCUGCUGCCAAAAAGGCUGCUACCACUGCUAACAACAACACAAAGGCGUCUCCUAGCAACAGUAACACACCUUCGGUUGAGAACUUGAACAAUGUCAACGCGCCUGCCAACGACGCGACUACCACACAAAACGACAAAGAACAGCAACCCGUUGUUACUAGUCAGGAGCAACAACCAACUAAUGGUGACACAAAGGUCGAGACACAGGAUUCUAAACCAUCAUCAUCGUCGUCGCGUGAAGAAAUGAAACCAACGGGCACCGAAAAGGAGACCAAGGAGGCUAACGCGUCGGAGCAACCUGUCAAACAAGAGGAGAAGGCAAAUGUCACCGCCAACACCGAAUCAGAAAAACAAACAGCUCCUACCACCACCAACACUGUGAACGACACACAAAAGGAGAAGGAUGAGAAGAAAGACGAUGUCGUUAACGAGACCGCCAAAAAAGAUGUCCCUGCACCUGCAGCUGAAGUUUCUAAGGAAAAGGAGCAACCAGCCAAGGAGGAUCAGCAGUCUAACGCCACCAAGUCUGUUGAAGAGAAGAAGGAAGACAAGGUGACCAAUGAGGUUUCAGCCGACAAGAAGGAUGAGAAGAAAGAAGAUAAGCCUGAAGUGACCAAGGAAUCAUCAUCCACUAAGGAAGAAAAGGCACCUGUAACUGAAAAACCUACCGAGCCUGAAAUCACCAAGGCACCUGCUGUAAAGGAAGAAAAGAAAGAGGAGAAGGCUGAUGUGAGUGAAUCAUCGGCUAAGGAAGAACCAAAGAAGGAAUCCAAGGAAAAGGAACCCGAGGUUACAAAGGCACCAGCUGUGAAGGAAGAGCCUAAGGAAUCUGCCAAGGAAUCAUCCACUAAGGAAGACAAGCCAACAACCAAGGAAUCAUCCACCAAGGAAGAUAAGCCAUCAACCAAGGAAGAACCCAAGGCAAAGGCUGAACCCAAAUCUAAAGAUGCACCUGCUACAGAAAAGAAGGUGGCACCUUCAAAGCCCGUUGCAAAUGGGGAAAAGAAGGUUAGCGGUAAGACGUCUGCUAAUGCCUCUAAGGAACAACCCAAGAAGAAGCUGUUUGGAUUCCUCAAAAAGAAUAAGGAUCAAAAGUCAAAGGUGAUCAAUUCAGAGAAAGACGCCAAGCGAAAGUCCUGGCAGUUUUGGAAGUAA